AGUGACAAGACAUCAGCGAUCAAGAUACAGAUUGAUGAAGCCCAAGCCAUGGAGGAGCCACAGUAUCCAAAGUUGCAGAGGCAUGACACAGAGAUUCCUCAUCCAGCCACAGUUCCACAUGGGGCUAAGAGUACGCCUGACCAGCAGGCAGUAGAACGAAACCAGGCGAGAAGUGAACCACCAGAUGACCCGAGGAUCGUGCUGUUUGGGAGCGACAACCCCAAAAAGAAUUUAUUACGAGCAAUCACUGGAAAAAAUGACACAAACAACAAAAAGUGCCAAAAGUAUAGCAGGAAUAUUAAUGAUAAAAAUGCGGUCAUUAUUGAUACUCCAGGUCUGUAUAUUUAUGGUGAUGAUAAGAAAAAAGUGUUGGAAGAGAUCAAGUGGUCUGUCGCAGUUGCUAAACCCGGUCCUCACGUGUUCCUGCUUGUGGAGACGAUUUAUAAGGAGUUUGGUAAAAACUUAGAAGUACUGGAGGAUUUUCAGAAAACUUUUGGAGAACAGGCAAAUGACUUCACCAUGAUGGUGUUCACCACUGAGAAAGAAGAAGAAAAAGAGAAAAACAUUCAAGACUUCAGAGAGCUGACGUACCCAUUCAAUCACAGAUACUUUAUUUUUAACACUGAGGGUGAUGAGCAACAACAAGAGUCUCAAGUCACCAAGCUCCUGGAGAAGAUAGCAGAGAUGAGGAGAGAAGCCUCUGCACACUUUUACACUCCUAAGAUGGUCUGGGAGGCUGAAAAAGCUUUGAAACAACAGGAAGAGGAAAAACAGAAACAGGAAAAAGAAAGGAGGAGUAAUGUACGGGACAGGUGGUGGUUGAUUGGAGCACAGGUCGGAGCUACAAUUGGGUUGUUGAUUGAAGCUCGUAAGGUGGACUCAGCAUCAGCAGGAGGACUGGGAUCCAUAGUGGGUGUGAUACUGGUUACUCUAAUGUCAUAUUUGGUGUUAUAUCUCAAAACCAGAAUUCAGCAGUCAAAUUGCAAACAUCAUGAAAACUCUAGCGAGUCUAAGAAAAAGCAUGGUGUACUGGAGGACAGCUCUAUAUGAGAAGAACCCCACCAGGAGGACCCCACUGAUAUGAUCUGUAGACCCCUGAACUCCCACCAGGUCACCAGGAGCCCAGCUAGGGUGAGGGCCACAUGCUAAAUAUGAACAUCUUCAGAAACUUUUUAAAUCAUGUCUCUCAUAUUUCAGCUUCAGUUUUACCUUCUGGAUGUUUGAAACUGCUGAAAUGAUGAUGUCAACUGAACCCAGGCCCCGCCCCACCCCUACAUGGUUCCCCAGAACUGUUCAGUUUUUCCAUUUGAGGAGCUGAUGGAGACGAGCACAGCACUGCUGAUUCAUCCCAGAGAGGAAAGACAUUUAUGAUCCAUUACUUUGCAUUUGGGUUGUUGGUUUAAACCCCGUGACCUGGUGCUGCUGUUUUACUGCCUUUUCUUUUAGCACCACCAGGAGGGUCACAGGUUUGGUUCUUAUUGAACUUUGACAAAAACUGUGGGAAACAUUCCUGUUAAAAUUGAUCUGAAACAUUUAUGUUGCUGUCACAGUGUUGAUGGAAGCUCUGUAAUCUGGUUGCUUCAUUCUUUAAAGCAGUGUUUCUCAAACUGUGUGUGUGUGUGUGUAUGUGUGUGUGCGUGUGUGUGUGUGUG